GUCACGAAUUUUUUACCACUCACACCUUCCCUUGGGCCCAAAUCAGAACCGCAGUUUACGGCGCUCUUGGUUGCUUCGAGUCAACUAAACGGAAAAAAAGAAACGAUCAUUCACAAUGGCCGCCGGACCGGGAGAGGCCAUGGCCCACAGCGCCUUCGACACCAUUUUGGUGCUCGACUUUGGCUCACAGUAUACCCACCUGAUCACUCGCCGCCUCCGUGAGCUCAAUGUCUUCUCGGAGAUGCUGCCGUGCACCCAGAAACUCUCGGAGCUCAAGUUUGUCCCUAAGGGCAUCAUUCUCUCGGGCGGACCCUACUCUGUCUACGAGGAGGGCAGCCCUCAUGUCGACCCUGCGGUAUUUGACCUGAACGUGCCUAUCCUCGGCAUCUGCUAUGGCAUGCAGGAGCUGGCCUACCGCCUCAACCCGGACAAUGUCAUUGCUGGCACCCACCGCGAAUAUGGCCAUGCCAUGCUCAAGGCGCAGUCCAUCGAUAACCACGUUGACCGCCUUUUUGAGGGCAUCGAGGAGUCCAUGCGGGUGUGGAUGAGCCACGGCGACAAGUUGGCCAAGCUACCCGACGGUUUCCACACGGUUGCCACGUCGGACAACUCAGAGUAUGCCGCCAUCGGCCACCAGAGCAAGCCAAUUUACGGCCUGCAGUUCCACCCUGAGGUUACACACACCCAGAAUGGAACCAUACUCCUCAAGAACUUUGCCGUCGGCAUCUGCGGCUGCAAACAAGAGUGGACCAUGCAGAAGUUUCUGGAAGAGGCGAUUGCCCAAAUUCGCCACACUGUCGGUGAAAAAGGGCAGGUGUUGGCCGCUAUUAGCGGUGGCGUUGAUUCAACGGUCGCCGCGAAACUCAUGAAAGAGGCGAUUGGUUCCAGGUUUUGGGCCGUGCUUGUCAAUAAUGGUGUUAUGCGCCUGAAUGAGUGCGAACAAGUCAAAAAGGACUUGUCCGAAGCGCUUGGCAUCAACCUCACCGUCGUCGAGGCCUCGGAGCGGUUCCUUGAUGGCCUGAAGGGUAUUGAUGACCCCGAAAAAAAGCGGAAGUUCAUUGGUGGCAAGUUUAUCGACAUUUUUGAGGAGGAGGCAGUCAAGAUUGAAGAAGCCGCCGCUAAUGACCCAGCCAAGGCUGGGAAGAUCGAGUUCUUCAUGCAAGGUACCCUCUAUCCCGACGUGAUCGAGUCGCUCUCGUUCAAGGGCCCUUCGGCCACCAUCAAGACCCACCACAAUGUUGGUGGCCUCCCCGCGCGGAUGGCCAACGGACAGGGUCUCAAGCUUAUCGAGCCCCUGAGAUCCUUGUAUAAGGAUGAGGUCCGCGCGCUUGGGCGUGCUCUGGGGAUCCGGGAGGAACUUGUGAUGAGACAUCCUUUCCCUGGCCCUGGAAUUGCCGUCAGGAUCUUGGGUGAGGUGACUCCGGAGAAGGUUGAGAUUGCCCGUCAGGCCGACCAUAUCUUCAUCUCCGAGAUCCGCAAGGCGGGGCUCUACGACCAAAUCUCCCAAGCCUAUGCCGCCGUCGACCCCAGUCGCGCCGUGGGCGUGAUGGGUGAUAAGCGAGUUUAUGGUUAUAUCAUCGUCCUCCGCGCCGUAACAACGAUUGACUACAUGACGGCCGAAGCUUUCAACUUCCCUUGGGACUUCCUCCAGCGGGUCAUGAACAGGAUCGUCAACGAAGUUCACGGCGUGUGCCGCGUCGUGUAUGAUGUCACCUCGAAGCCACCCGGGACCAUUGAGCUCGAGUAAGAGCACGGGGACACAAUGACUUCUUACUGGGGCAAUGUUAUGGACGCAAGACUUCGGACCGAGGGCCUAGGGUUCCAAAUACAUGGCAUGGCACGUGA